AGACAUGGCCGCCAGGGUCCAAUACGAUGUGUGUGUUGUUGGUGCUGGUCCUGUCGGAUCUGCAGCGGCAAGAUGGCUGUCCACCAACCCGGGUAUUAAAUUAUGUCUCAUUGGCCCACUGGAACCAACUGAAGAGGAAUUAAAAGAUUCAUCACGGACUAUCUUUGGCUCUCACUAUGACGAGGCUCGAAUAGUAAGUGAGGUGUGUUCUUGUAGACGAGAUAACACAUGGCCUGUUGUUACCAGGAGAUCAAUCGACAGAUUUAGAGACAUCGAGCGGGACUCAGGAAUCAACUUCUAUAACGAAGUAGGCUGUGUAUUCAAGGCACCUAAAGAAGUAACUGCUAAGGUCUACGAAUCGCUGCCACCAGGAACUCAAGCGAUCUCUUAUUCUCCCGGAGGUAUUGAGAAUGCCUUCUCAUACCUUAAAUCAGACGGUUUUCAUUCCAUUCACGAAAGCACCAAAGGUGGUUACGUGAAUCCUCGAAAGUAUAUAACUGCCAACAAGAAAAUAGCUAAACGCAACGGUUGCGACAUCGUCGAUGAAGUCGUCUGUGAUGUUGAAGAAAAGCGGCAACCGGGAGUGGGUUCGUUUAUACACCUGACCACCAAGAGCCAUGCCAUGAUCACAGCUCGAAAGGUUCUUCUGUGCACGGGCGGGUUCAUUAAUUUUGAGCGUCUGAUACCGAAUCCUGGAUUGGAAAUAGACAUCGACCCUUUGACAGAGAUGGCAGUGCUGAUUGAGCUAACGAAAGAAGAUGCAGAAUGUUUAUCCAAGAUGCCUUCUAUUCUCGUGCACAUACCGGAUGCAAAGGAUCCCAGGAAUUCUUACAUUCUCCCGCCAGUUAUAUACCCAAACGGGAAAUACUACUUGAAAGUUGGUCACGACUACGAUCUCAAUCAGCCAAUAAGAUCAAAGCAAGAGGUCGCAUCUUGGUACCGCGAUCAAGGUCAGGAUCGCCUUGAAGAUUUCAAGAGCAUCUAUCUACGUAUCUACCAGUCAGUUUCAGGGUUUCAUCCAAAGUCCCUUAAAACCAUGACAUGCAUCACCACCACGACCCCGUCAGGUCAGUUCUACUGCGACUUGAUCACUCCAGCAAUUGGGGUAGCAGUUGGUGGAAACGGUGGUGGUGUCAUGGUGGCCGAUGAGAUUGGACGUACAGCAGCCAGGAUGAUCCUCAAGGGAGCCUGGGACUCAGAUUUACCCCAAGAGGAAUUCAGAGUCAGGUGGAGAACACGAGAUGGCACCACAAAAAGUAAUUUGUAGAUAAAAAAAUCUAUAGGGGAACUGUUUCAAGCACUAAUCAGCAGCAGUCGCUAGAGUGGGAGGCUCCUCCGGAAGCUCAAGUCGAACUUAAGGCAGACUAGGACGAAAUGCAAUGGAUAUUAUUUUUUAUAAUGCAAACGCAGUCUGAAAGCACUCUAUACUUGUUUGGCAAGAUUUUUCUGAUUCUUAAUAAGAGUGCGUGACGAAGAUUUUGUAUUAAAAAAAUACUGAAUUCAGAGUUUGGGAAAAGAUUAAAGUGAUUUCCAACAAAGUUAAAUUUUUAUUACAGAUUUGUAUUUGGGAUAUUACGGCAAAGCAUGAGUGAAAAACAUGGUACCUUACAAAAUUAUCAGUGCAAUAUAUGGAUUCGUUUUUAUAAUGGUCCGAGGUUGAUUUUGAAAUCAGUGCUAUUAAUCGUUUUUAUAUUAAUGAAAUAAAUCUUGCCAAUGUUGCCUAUCAUUGUAUUUUUUAAUAUUGCAGUUUUUCAAUGUUAUAAUUUCAAAAGUUGUCAAUAUUGAUGCCAUAUUCUUUUCAUUAAAAUAUUCUGAUAGUCCUUUAAUUUUACACAAAUAACCAUUCGAAAGACACAGUUCAGUUUUAUAUUUCCAAAUUAAAUAGUCUCCUAUCUAUUUAUGUCAAUUUUCUUGUAAAGGUAUAAUCCCUCAUGUCUCUCUCUCUCUUUCUAGUAUGACUGUACGAAUAAGAACUUUAAAAAGAUUUUUUUAUAGCAGUCAAAAAAUAUAUACAUGUUUAUGAGCAAAUUUUCACAAAAUGUACGUUGAGUGUGAAUUAAAAUUUCGGCUUCAG